GUAACCGAAAGCGACCUCACUUUCCCCCGUCAGAUCUGACUGUAUCACAGGUGUCCUCUUCUUUCUUUCCACGUGUCAAUGACUCCCCACUCCACGCGCCACCCUUUCGCGCGUUACACCAUCCCUCCCUUUUAGCGACGUGUGACCUAUAAACCGUUUUUUAACCCUCUCAUGCUCUUUCCUUCUUCGCCUCAUUACGUAUACGCGUUUUGUACGUAUAUUUCUUCUUCUUCUCUCUCUCUAUCUCUCUCUGUGCAGUUUUCUAGGGUUUAUAAAGCGUAAGGUUAUAUUUUCAAUCGUGAUACAUACGUAUAUACAUAUAUCGUUUCGGCUUCCAGUGUUGAAUCGCAACUUCAGAAUCAACUUCUUACAACACUGAUUUGUCCCGAUAAAUUGAGAAAAGCAGUUGCCAACUGAAGUUUCCAGGAAUUCGGGCUUAACGGAUAGAUUUCCUAUCUGCAACAAUAUAUUUGUUUCGAACGCAGUGGUUUUUUAUUGACACGACGAUUGUGCAGACUUCUGUUGUUAGGAUCUAGUAAAAUCAUAUUGAACGUAAUGGAUCUUAAGGCUAAUCACAGUGCCCCCAUACUCACCGAUCCCACACCCAUCACCAAACCGAGAGUCGGAAUUCACGAUUCGUUACUGCCAUACUCAUCUUCUGGAGUCUUUUCUCAAGCUCCGUAUCUUAAAACGCAAAGGAAAAAACCCGGACUACUUGAUGAUGUCCGUUCUACAAACUGGUUGGAUGCCAUGAAAUCUUCUUCCCCCAGGAAUAUUAUUAAAAAUAACGGCACCGAUUUGUCAAAUGACGUUGCCUACCGCAAUUGGAUGCUUAAGUAUCCGUCUGCACUUACCUCCAUUGAACAGAUAGUAAAUAACGCAAACGGAAAGAGGAUAGCGUUGUUUCUAGAUUACGACGGGACUUUAUCCCCUAUUGUCGACAAUCCAGAUCAUGCCUUUAUGUCUAACGUUAUGCGCGCUGCAGUGAGAAAUGUGGCAAAAUACGUUCCAACAGCAAUUAUUAGUGGCAGAAGCCGUGAGAAGGUACACAAGUUUGUAGGAUUGAAAGAACUAUAUUAUGCUGGUAGUCACGGGAUGGACAUAGUGGGCCCUGUUCAGCCUCCAACCGGUCAUACCACUGAGGUUAUAGAAGGAAACUUGUACCAGCCUGCUAGUGAAUUUCUACCAAUGAUCAACGAGGUUUUUGUGUCGCUUGUUGAGAUAACCAAGAACAUAGAAGGAGCAAAAGUGGAAGACAACAAAUUCUGUGUCUCGGUGCACUACCGUAACGUAGAUGAGAAGAAUUGGAAAACAGUAGCAGAAUGUGUUGAAGACACUUUGAAAAACUAUCCACGUCUAAGAUUGACACACGGGCGAAUGGUUUUAGAGAUCCGUCCUGUGCUCGAAUGGAACAAGGGGAAGGCUGUUGAGUUUUUACUUGAAUCACUCGGCUUAAGCAAUUGUGACGAUGUGCUCCCUAUAUACGUAGGGGAUGACAGAACCGACGAAGAUGCAUUCAAGUUUUUAAGAGAGGGUGAGCGUGGUUACGGCAUCUUGGUGACUCCGGCCCCGAAAGAAAGCAGUGCAUAUUAUUCUCUCAGGGAUACAUCAGAGGUGAUGGAAUUUAUCAACUUACUGGCUAUGCAUAAGAAGUCCCUUCCAUGAUAUUUUUACUGACUCAUUAUAUGAAGACAAUUAUUAUAAAGAAUAAAAACAAAGAAAUUAAAUGAGCACUUCACCUUAUUCGGCAAUUGUAAAUCUUUUAAGUUAUAUAUAUUUGUAAAUUUUAUUAGUUUUUUUCAUGGCAAUUCUAUUGUCCAUGUAUUAAUCUUGUUUCUUGCAUUUGCCAACUAUUUAUGUGAUAGAAGCUAUUCAAAAAAAAAAAAAAAAAAAAAAAAACUUUAUGUGUUAGAAAAA